UGAAUUUUAAACAACAAAAAAUAAUAUAUGAUUAUCAUAGUCAUUGAAAUCUGUUUCUCUUUUUUUUCGUAUGUAUGAAACCUAGUUGUUUCAACAGUUUCAUCAUCAUGUUAAACUAGGACAGUUCAAUACUCGUUGAAGCUCGUAUCAAAAAAAAAAAAAAUUGAAUUGAAUAUUAAACAAAACAACGACAACAACGAAAUAAAGAGACAAUUAGUAAGCGUAUUUGAUUACAAUCUCCGAGUUUUUUUUCUCUCUUUUUUAUCAUUGUCCUGUUGUUUUUUUUGUUUGUUUCGUUUUUCGUCCAUAACAAAUAAAUCAACAUGACCACAAUCAUCAUCCUGUUUGAAUAUAAUAUACAUGUAUUGUCAGACGGUUUGAUCGUUGUCAAAUUGAUUAUUUGAAAAAAAAAAAUUAAAUUUCAAGAUCGGUAAAUAUUAUUAUAAAAUAAAGAAUGGCUCCUAUCGAUGGCUAUUGGGGCCAUCCAACUUCUACAAUCGAUUGGUGUGAAGAAAAUUAUGUAACCACUGUAUAUAUAGCCGAAUUCUGGAAUACCAUAUCCAAUUUGGCCAUGAUCAUACCAUCUAUUACCGGUUUCUAUUAUGCAUAUCGUAAUAAUCUUCAUACACGAUUUAUGUUAUGUUUUAUGGGCAUUACUUUUGUCGGUUUUGGUUCAUGGAAUUUUCAUAUGACUCUUCUUUAUGAGAUGCAAUUAUUUGACGAAAUACCCAUGAUAUGGGGGAGCUUAAUGUUGGUCUAUUGUCUUAUGAUCCAUUAUUAUCCAGUGUUACAGCAAAAUUAUUAUAAAAACAUGAUGCUCAAAGCAAUUCUUGUCACCUAUGGUGUUUUAUCAUUGCUCACCUAUCUAUACCUUAAAACACCAAUUCUAUUUCAAGCUUCAUAUGUUAUUCUGGUCACUUACAUGCUUUAUCUCACCAUUUUAUUGCUCAAAUAUCGUCCAUGUAAUAAAACAGUGUUUUAUGUUGCCACUAUCAUCUACUAUUUUGGAGCAUUUCUAUGGAUGAUCGAUAAUUUCUAUUGUAAUCAAUUGAGAUUAUUCCGUCAAACCAAUAGCAUUUUACCGUUCAUACUGAAUCCAUUAACACAGUUACAUGCUUGGUGGCAUCUGUUUGCUGGCUAUGGAUCUUAUCUACAUAUUCUUUUCUGUACUCAUUCCACUUAUCUAGCUACAGAUAAACCGCUGGUAUUCAAAUUCAUUUGGUAUAUUGGUCUGUUUGAACCAAUGCCUACUCGGAUUGUCAUUACGAAUCAAUCUAAUCUUCAUCAAUCAAAUGAUCAUCAUCUUAAUUACCAACAAAUACCUCCACCUCAUUCAAUCCUAUUACCUGCUGGUCGACAACGUCAGCAAGAUCAGCAACCAUCAUCAGAAACGGAUAUAAAUGUCGAUACCAAUGCAACAGUUGAUGCAAUCUCGACUGCCAAACAGCCAUUAACUCAACAAGAUCAAUCAACGUAUCAAUCAUUUGCCGAUAUUGCAGAUCCUGUACAGAAUCCUCAUCUCUUCAUUCAUGUAGCAUCGGGACAGAAAAUUUAUCGACCAUGGCAAGCAUAUAUCAGCGAUUUAGAUGAUUUUUUCGAACGAAUCUAUUAUUACUAUCAAAAAUCUGGUUUUACCUGUAUUGUGGUGGAAAAUAUUCUGGAAUUGAUUGAAGUUAUAUUAGUCGUAUUGUUCACCGUUUUCUUUCUACAUUGUAUUGAUUAUCAAGUGUUGUUUAAAAACAAAAUACCAGAUGGACAUCCAUCGGAUGCACCAUUGAAAAUAACUAUAAGCGAUGUAUUGAUUCCAUUGAAUCAAAUUCGAUUAAGUUCACUUGAAGUGUUCUUGUUGCUAUUUUCUGCUGGAUUUUGGUUUUACAAGUUUGGUAUUGCUAUCCAUACAAUACUGAGCAACUAUGCUAUACGAUCAUUCUUUAUAGAAGCUCUUCAAAUUCAUGAUCCAUCGUUAUAUUCAUGGCAAGAGGUGCAACUAAGACUUAUAAAUGCACAAUCACAAUGUCUGCUUAGAGAAACGCAUUUGGAUGAGCUAGCCAUUCAUAAUCGAUUAUUACGACGAGCCAACUAUAUGAUUGCAUUGAUUAACAAAGGUGUACUUCCAAUCUAUUAUCGUGUGCCAUUACUCGGCGAAUAUAUUUACUUCACAUCGGGAUUAGAAUUUAAUUUUCGAAUUCUUUUGUUUCGAGGCGUGUUUUCGUUAUUUGAUAAAAACUGGAGACUUCGCGAUGAAAUCAAAUCACCAGCCGAACGUUUAGAAUGUGCUCGUCGUUUUUCCAAUCGUUGUUUGGCCGUAGGUCUGCUUAAUUUAAUUUUAUUGCCAAUGAUAUUUUUAUGGCAAUCAUUAUAUGCGUUUUACACUUAUGUUGAAGCUGCCAAACGAGAACCAACAAUAUUUGCAUUACGUACCUGGUCAAGAUAUGGUCAAUGGUUUUGUCGUCAUUUUAAUGAAUUGGAUCAUGAAGUUGAUGAACGAUUGAAUCGUGCAUAUCGUCCAGCUGUCCGUUAUAUGAAUUCAUUUCGUGCACCAUUGUUAGAGAUAUUUGCACGUUUUGUACAAACGAUUGCGGCAAUUUUAUUAUCAGUGUUGAUUGCAUUGACAGUUUAUGACGAAGAUGUUAUCACUGUUGAACAUGUUUUACUGCUAUUUACCGGCUUGGGUGCGACGAUUGCCAUUGCGAAAACAUUCUUGCCCGAUCCUGAACCUAAUCGGUGGACGUCUGGAGAGUUAGAUGCAGCUAUUCUACAACACAUACACUAUCGCCCACAUAAUCAUCCACCGCAUACAAUUCAAGCCCGUAACGCUAUGGGCAAUAUAUUUGUUUACAAAAGUACGACUAUAUUGGAAGAAUUGCUAAGCCCUUUAAUCGUUCCAUACAUCCUAAUACGCCAUCUUCGAUCACGAUCAUUAGAAAUAAUUGAUUUUUUCCGUGUCUACACAUUGGAAUUAACCGAUAUUGGUGAUGUUUGUACUUUUUCACAAUUUAAUUUUCAUCAAAAUGGUCAUCGAAUCUUUACAAAUCCAGAUCAACAUAAAAACGAAAACAAUCAAUCUGUCGAUCAAUCAAUGAUGUCGAUGAAUACAUCAAGGAAUAAUAAUGCAGAAGUCUUAUCUGAUGACCGUAAUACGACACGCAAUGGUAAAUUGGAAUUAAGUCUGAUUAAUUUCAAAUUGAAAAAUCCAAAGUGGCAACCCCCAGAUCUAUCACAGAUGCAAUUUAUUGAUCUUUUCACUCGUCAAUCUUGUGAUGAUCCGGUUGUUCCAAAUUUAAUUUUUCCUGUUGGACAAUCGGCCACACAACCGCAAGCAACGAUUGCUGAAUCCAAAUCUACAAUUGAUUUUUGUUCACCGACAACAUCAGCCUACCAGGCUAUUAUUCAAACACAACCAGGAUCGUCGUCGUCAGUUAGACCAGAUAAUCAGCAAAGACUGUCUCAAAUAAUGAACAGAACUAGUCAAAUGAGCGAUUCAUCGACCGGUAUGCUUGAAUCUACUGGUUUUGGCUUCAAUGAAACAAGGCGUCGUCUAUUACAGCUUCGUUAUGGUCAUCUGUUUAGCGAACAAGAAAAACGCGAUAAUCAAAUGGCAUUGAGUUCGUUGUAUUUUCAUCAAUUAGUCUCCGAAUCACAAUCUUCACGUCAACAAUCGCAGAAUUUUCCAUCACCACAGCAGCAGCAGCAACAGUUAUCUCAAUCGACAUCAUACAGCGGCCAACUUAUAGAUGGAUCACGAAACAAUGAGUCAAUACCAUUAUUACGUUCCGAUCAUGAAGGAGGACGAAUACAUGGUAGCAAAGGAAAUUGCAAAAAUAUUCUUAAAUAUGAUGAUGACGAUGAUAAUGGUCAUUAUGACUAGAAAGACAAAUAAAUAAUAGAUUAAUACUCCUUUUUAAA